AAAAAAAAUGGAUGAGAAAGACAAUCCAAGAAACUUGAGGGAAGAAGAAGAAGAAACCAAAGAUUUGAUCUCUUCACUUUCUUGGGAGAUAGAUUACAUUGGGAACAAGCUGUUCAAAUACGAAGGACAUUGGUACUACGAAGACAUUCUCCAAUCAAUCCCCAAUCUCAACACCGGGUUUAAGCCACAAGAAACCGAUGUAAUUGUCGCUUCUUUCCCCAAGUGUGGCACGACUUGGCUCAAGGCACUCACAUUUGCACUAGUUCAACGAUCAAAACACCCUUUGGGAGAUCAUCAUCAUCAUCCUCUGCUAUCUCAUAAUCCUCAUGAGGUAAUGCCUUAUCUCGAGCUCGAUCUGUAUCUCAAAACCUCAAAACCGGACUUGACCAAGUUCUUAUCAUCAUCAUCAUCUCCAAGAUUGUUCUCAACUCACAUGCCUUUGCAUGUGCUUCAAGUACCCUUGAAAGAGUCUCCUUGCAAGAUCGUGUACGUGUGCAGGAACUUGAAAGACGUGCUGGUGUCUCUUUGGCAUUUCCUCAACGCCAACAAGGGAGUAGAAUGGAAUGAUUUUAGCCAAAAGGAAAAGAUCGUUCGAGUGGAGGAUUACUCUUUCGAGGCUAUGUUUGAGUCAGUCUGUAAUGGGGUUACCCUAUACGGCCCCUUUUGGGACCAUGCCCUGAGCUAUUGGCGAGGCAGCUUGGAAGAUCCUAAGCAUGUUCUUUUCCUGAUGUACGAGGAUCUGAAAGCGGAGCCUCGUACUCAGCUGAAGAGGCUAGCAGAUUUCUUGGAUUGUCCAUUCACUAAGGAAGAGGAAGAUAGCGGAUCUGUAGACAAGAUCUUGGAACUUUGCUCUCUAAGUAAUCUAAGCAGUUUGGAGAUCAACAAAACCGGAGCGUCGGGUGGAGUUGAUUACAAGACUUAUUUUCGUAAAGGAGAAGUAGGUAGCUGGAAGAGUUAUGUGACUCCUGAAAUGGAGAACAAGAUCGAUAUGAUCACCGAGGAGAAACUCAAAGGUUCCGGUCUGAAUUUCUAGAAUUAUGUUUGGUUUGUGUAUCUCUUAAAUGCAUUACUCAAGAAUAAAAGUUAUAUUGUUAUUCUUAUA